CUUUAAAUCACGGAAGCAAUAAAACGAGCAACCGGAAGUUUAUAUUACUGUAGAUAAGUUGAAGGUUGAUCUCUUUAGCUGCGUUGUCUUUCUGUCGGCUUUAAACAAAAACAACAAUGUCGGAAAGAAAAGUUCUAAAUAAAUACUACCCUCCGGAUUUUGAUCCGGCCAAAAUCCCAAAGCUCAAACUUCCCAAAGAUCGACAGUAUGUGGUCAGAUUGAUGGCUCCGUUUAAUAUGAGGUGUAAAACGUGUGGCGAGUAUAUCUACAAAGGAAAGAAAUUCAAUGCACGCAAAGAGACCGUUCAGAACGAGCUGUACAUGGGACUGCCCAUCUUCCGGUUCUACAUCAAAUGUACUCGAUGUCUUGCUGAGAUUACGUUUAAGACUGACCCAGAGAACACAGACUAUGCAAUGGAGCACGGCGCAACACGAAACUUCCAGGCAGAGAAACUGAUGGAGGAAGAAGAGAAGCGGGUCCAGCAGGAAAGAGAAGAUGAGGAACUGAACAACCCCAUGAAGGUGCUGGAAAAUCGCACAAAGGAUUCCAAGUUAGAGAUGGAGGUUUUGGAGAACCUGCAGGAGCUAAAGGAGUUGAACCAGAGGCAGGCUCAGGUGGAUUUUGAGGGAAUGAUUGACCAGUACAGAGAACUGGAGAAGAAGGAGAAGGAGAGACAACAAGAAGAAGAUGAGCGAGAGACAAAAGAGAUGUUGGAACGUGCCCUUGUGAAAAGACUUAGAGACUCUGACUCGGAUUCAGAGAAGGAAGAGGAGAGCAACAGCUUACAGGCAAACGUGGCCAGCACAGACAAACCAACUGACAUCCUCACUACAGAAAGAAACACAGAAACACAGGGAGCCACAUCUGGAGGAGUAAAAAGAGCUAAGGUGGAGACCUGGGAGAGGAGUGUGGGGACCCUGGGUAGUGGAAAGGCACUAGGGUCCUUGGUGGUGAGAAAGAAAUCCACAUCAGCGGUCACAAAAUCCAGUCCAGUGGCUGCUUCUGCUCCAGCUUCACUAACAGAUUCAAAGGCGUUGGCGGCUGCGUCAAAGCCCGUCACCACGCAAAACGGGUCGUCAUCGCUUAGCCUGCUGGGGGCGUAUUCAGACAGUGACAGCAAUGACAGCGAAUGAGAAGAAUAUUGAUGUAUACGCAACAGUGUGACUGAUGCAGAAAGGAAUAGAGGGAGAACCUUUUUGUAAUGCUGUACAUAAACCGUUCUGUCCUAUAAAACCCUUUCCGUAAAGAGGAUGUAUUUCACAGUGUUGAAGAACACUCAUCAAGAGCAGGACUGUGUUGAUUUUUAAUUAAACGCAGUGCAGCCUUUGACUGUCUGCUAAAAUUGGCCUUUUAAUGGACAUUUAGCACAGAAAAAUGCGGUUUAAUUUUUUGUGAAACAAACUUAAGUAAAAUAUUUGAUGUAUAUUCUAGUGCUUAUUAAAACCCGUGUAACUCUUU